AUGAAGACUUCAGUUGUUUUAGCUGCUGCUUUAACAGCAAUGAAUACUGCUAAUGCAGCUGUUAUUCCAUUUUUUGAUGGUGAAUUGUCUAUCAAUUAUGAUGCAAAUUCAGGAUGGUCAUUUGGUUUUGAUAAACAACCUUCUCAAUCUGGAUCUGGGUCUGCACCAGCUACAACUAAUACCGGAAAUACAAACGGAAGUGCAACUACUACGGCAAGUACUGGUGAUGACGGUGAUGAUGAAGAAGAUUCAUGUGGUGAUUCUGGUUCUACACCUCCAGCUAACAGUGGUGGCAGCAAUGGUUCUUCAUCAGGUUCUGGUUCUGGUGAUUAUUUUUCUCAAUGGAAACAAGGACUCGAUGAUUUGAUUCAAAAAGGUAAAUCAUGGUUUAGUGGUCUUUUCGGUUAG